UUUAAUGUUUUUGGCUCCAUAAUAUUUUUGUUCAAAGUUAACGUGCACAUUUUGUUUUUCUUCAAUUCCUAAAUUAUUGAUUUUUUUUUGGUUAAAUUGAAUUUAUUUUUGCUAAAAAAUUCGAUCUCGAAUUAUCGGAUUGAUCACGAUGAUGAUUUAACACAAAUUCCAUUCGACAUUUUGAAUCCAAUUCGAACAACAACAUGACUGCAACAGAUUUGCGAAAUCCACGAUCAUCAUCAAUGACCACCGGUCAUGGUGGUAAUAAUAAACCUGUUCAAAAAAUGUCUGCAUAUGAUUCAGAAACAAUUUGGUCAAUGUUUUUUUCAAUAACAAUCAUUGUAACAUGUAUAAAAUUCUUAUUAAUACCAUCAUACUAUUCAACAGAUCUUGAAGUUCAUCGUAAUUGGAUGGCAAUCACUUUUAAUAAACCAUUAUCCGAAUGGUAUACCGAGAAUACUUCCAAAUGGACAUUAGAUUAUCCACCAUUUUUUGCCUAUUUUGAAUAUAUUUUAGCAUAUUUUGCUCAAUUUUUUGAUAAAAAUAUGCUUCAAAUUCGUCAAGAUUCAUACAUGUCACCAGAAACAUUAUUCUAUAUGCGUUUAACUGUUAUUGUAAGUGAUCUAGUCUAUUAUUAUGGUGUUUAUCAAUGGAUUCAAUUAAUGUAUCAUCGACAACGAAAUGUAUUCGUAUCCGUUCCAGUUAUCCGACAACGUUCAAAUUAUUUUCUUUCAUCAACAUCAUUCACUCAUAUUAUGUUAUUUUUAUUCAAUAUUGGCCAUAUAAUUGUUGAUAAUAUUCAUUUUCAAUAUAAUGGUUUUCUAAAUGGUUUACUUCUUAUUUCAAUGGCCAAUAUUUGUAAUCGUCAAAUUUAUUGGGGAUCAUUUUGGUUUGCCAUCCUAUUGAAUUUUAAACAUAUUUAUCUUUAUAUGGCACCUGGUUAUCUUAUCUAUUUAUUUGUUGAAUAUUGUUUGAUUCGUAAUUCACGUGGUUUGAUUACAUGGAAAAUUAAUCUAAACGUUUUGUUACGUUUAGCUACUAUAGUAAUCGGUGUAUUUAUAAUAUCAUUUCUGCCAUUCAUUUUAAAUGGACAAUUUUUGAAUCUUUUAAAUCGUUUAUUUCCAUUUCAACGUGGAUUAUCACAUGCAUAUUGGGCACCAAAUUUUUGGUCACUUUAUAAUGGUUAUGAUUUAAUUAUGGCACGAUUUUAUCGUACAACUGAUCGUCAAUCACCAUAUACUGGUGGUUUAGUUCAACAAACUGAACAUUUGAUUCUACCAACAAUAACACCAACAAUUACUUUAAUUUUAAUUGUUUUCAUUCUAAUUAUCAUUGCUGUUUCCUAUAUUCAUCAACAACAACGACAACAACAAAAAAAAAAUAUUAAUCGAAUAAAAUCACGAUCAACAUCGAAUCAAAAUUCUCAUUCAAAUUAUCCAUCUGAAAUACGUUUUCUUCAUCUAAUUUUAUUAUCAAGUUUAACAUUUUUUGAAUUUGGUUAUCAUGUACAUGAAAAAUCAAUACUUUUGGUUAUACCAACAAUAUUACCAUUAAUAUUUGUUAAUAUUGAUUAUGCACAAAUAUUUUUAUUAUUAUCAAUGGCUGGUUAUUAUUCACUUUAUCCAUUAUUAUUUAAAAAUGCUGAAUCAUUAUUGAAAUUAUUAUUAAUGGCCAUACAUUUAUUGAUAAGUUUUGGUACAUUAAAUAAUCGUUAUCGUAUUAUUAAACGUUGGUUAUUGGACAAAUAUUCAACCACCACCACUGACCAUAAUGAUGAUGAUGAUGAUAAUGAACUAAUGAAAGAGAUACAUAAUGAAUUUCGUCAAAAUCCACCAUUUUCAUUUUUAAAAUUACCAUUGCUAAAUGUAUUGGAAUCAUUAUAUAUUUUAGGUUUUCUAAUUAUUCAUUUAAUCUAUACAUUUGGUCCAUAUUUAUUACCAGAAUUAUUGGGACAAAGAUUUCAAUUUUUACCAUUAUUAUUAAUAUCAAUUUAUUGUUCAAUCGGUAUACUUUAUUGUUAUAAUUGGUUGUUUACAAUGUUUUUGUUUACAUCAUAAUGUUGAUGUUGAAGACAACAUAUUUAUUUGGGAUUAGAUUUAAUUG